AAUUCCAUUUUUAAAUAUUCCGCAUAUACAUUUGCGGCGGCGGAGAGGUGGCGAUUAAAUUCUUUCCCCGGUGGAAUCAUUUCUUCUUCAUCAGAAAUCCUGAAAUACGGGAAAUUGGGGGGAAUCCUCAUUUGAUUCCGAGAAUAGUGGAAACCCUAGGUUAGAAGAUGUCGGGUAUGGGAGACGGGUAUGUGGGCACAGCCCAAGAUGCGGUCCGAAUCCGAAGGUUGGAGAAGCAGAGGGAAGCUGAGAGGAAAAAGAUUCAAGAGCUCAAGACCAAAACGGCUUCUUCCAAAGGCCAACCGGGUUUACUCCAAUUCGGUUCCAGCACUUCUGAGAUUCUUGAGACUGCAUUCAAGAAGGAAACUGUUGGUUUGGUUUCCAGGGAUGAGUAUGUUGAAAAGAGAGUGAACAUUAGGACCAAGAUUGAAGAGGAAGAGAAGGAGAAGCUUCAGAAGUUGCAACAGGAAGAGGAGGAACUUCAGUUACAAAAGCUUAAGAAAAGGAAAGUGAAGGUGGACCCUCGUUUGUCUUUUUGCGACGACAUUGAGAACAACGAAGAUGAAGAAAAUGAUGGAGCUAAAGAAAAACCUAGGCUUGGCCGUUGGAAAUUCGCUAAGGACCCAACCGUAGAAACUAGUUUUCUGCCUGACAGUGAGAGGGAGGCUGAGGAACAAGCUGAGCGUGAAAGGUUAAGAAAGCAAUGGCUUCUUGAGCAAGCACGUAUCAAAAAUGAGCCUCUUCAAAUUACUUACAGUUACUGGGAUGGGACAGGCCAUAGAAGGGUUAUCCAGGUACGCAAAGGGGACUCGAUAGGAGAAUUUCUUCGGGCUGUUCAACAGCAACUUGCGCCGGAGUUCCGGGAGGUUCGAACAACAUCUGUGGAGAAUCUGCUAUAUGUGAAAGAAGAUCUCAUUAUUCCUCAUGUAAUGAUUGGACCUCUUUAUUAUGUGAAAUUGUUAUAUUUAAUUUGGAUUAAAUUAUUUUAUCCUGUAUGCUUUUUCAGCAACACAGUUUCUAUGAGCUGAUAGUUAACAAGGCCAGGGGAAAGAGUGGACCGCUUUUUCACUUCGAUGUGCAUGAAGAUGUCCGGACAAUUGCUGAUGCUACAAUUGAAAAAGAUGAGUCCCAUGCUGGAAAAGUUGUUGAAAGGCACUGGUAUGAGAAGAAUAAGCAUAUAUUUCCUGCUUCUCGAUGGGAGGUAUCUCUUUCUUUGUGCCUUUUUGUUUGUAUGUCUUUGUGAUACUCUUAUGAUAAAGAGCCCUAGAAAGAACACCUCCCCCAAAUUUCUCCUGGGUUUCCAAGUUCUGUAGUGCGAAUUGUGCUUCAUGCUAUUGUGACAGGCGGCAUUGUUAAAGUUCAGGCCGGAAAUGGGGUUUUUUAUUGGUGGGGAGUUCUAACUUUGAUUUCUCCUUUUUGGGUUGGUCUUUUGUUUCGCAGAUAUAUGAUCCAACGAAGAAGUGGGAAAGGUACACAAUCCAUGGGGACUAAGCAGAAGAUUGAUUUUGCAGUUUAUUAGUUAGAAUUUACAAUGAGUUCAAUUGGAACUUUGGCUGUAGAUUACGAUCUCUUGUUAUUGAGAGAACUAUGAUGUAGAAGACUUGUGUGGAUGUUUGGUUUCUCUUGUUGAUCUGGAUUUGAAAGGAAUAUUUGCUUUGUUUAGGGGCUGUUUUAACUACAAGAGGAAAACUGUUCCUAACAAGUUUGUAACCAUCGUUUCAAAUUGUGGGGCAACUAAUCCUAGACAGGGAUAAUACAGACACUAUCUUCUGUCGCAGACAACCAAGUUAUAUAUUGCGAUUUCUUAUUAAAAGACUCCU